AUGUCGAACCCCCUACCUUCCAUGCCCGCCGUCCGCCCGGUCGCGGUGCCCGUCAGCGCUCCCUCCAGUACCUGGGAUCGCAUUACUUCAUGGGCAUCCGAGAAUAAGGCCGUUGUAUAUACUAUUGCCGGUGUCGCUGUUGUUAUAACUGGUGCUGGCGCUGUAUACUAUCUCAAUUCGGACUCUAAAUCAAAAGAUGAUGGAGUUCCUAAGCUCAGCAAAAAGGAACGUCGCAAGCGCAAGGAGGCCGAGCGCAAAGCCGCCGAGAAACAGUCCGCCCCUGCGUCCUCGCAACCGAAAACUUCCACUGUUCGCGUCGGCGAAGAGCUUCCCGAGGUCGACGAAGCCAUUGUACAGACCCUCACCCAGGAGCAGCGCGAGCAGUAUGCUGCCCAACUCAAGCAGGCUGGCAACAGAGCUUACGGCGACAAGGCCUACAACGAAGCCAUCGACCUUUACACCAAGGCUAUCCUCUGCAAGCCUGACCCCGUCUUCUACUCGAACCGUGCUGCAUGCCAUGCAGCCAUAUCAAAUUGGGACACCGUGAUCGAGGAUACCACUGCCGCCAUCACCAUGGACCCCGACUACAUCAAGGCCAUCAAUCGCCGCGCCACCGCCUACGAGCACAAGAAGAUGUACUCCGAGGCUCUCCUCGAUUUUACUGCCUCGUGCAUUAUUGAUAACUUCAAAAAUGAUACUACCGCACAGGCUGUUGAACGCCUGCUCAAGACCUUUGCCGAGGUCAAGGCCAAGGAGAUGAUGUCUUCGCGCUCUCCCAAGCUUCCCAGCCCCAUCUUUGUCGGCAACUACCUCCAGAGCUUCCGUCCCAAGCCUCGCCCCGCCGGUCUUGAGGACUCUGCCGAGCUAUCUCUUGACACCGGUCUCGGUCAGCUGCAGCAUGGCCUUCAGGGCCUUGAGAAACGCACUUCCGAAGGAUAUGAAGAGGCUCGUCUUGCUUUUGAAAAGGCCAUUGAGCUUGGCGAUCUCGGUGAUAACGAGGCGCUCGCCUACAACUGCCGCGGCACUAUGCGCACCCUGCUCGGCGACCACUCUGCCGCCACUGAGGAUUUUGAUAAGAGCAUUGAGCUCGACCCCACCAUGACCCAGAGCUAUAUUAAGCACGCCAGCAUUAGUCUCGAGCUUGGCGAGACCGCUGAAGCAGACCGCGAAUUCGCCGAGGCUCUCAAGCAGGACCCCAACGAUCCUGACGUCUACUACCACCGCGCCCAGGCCAACUUCAUUAGAGGUGAUCUCUCCGAGGCUCAGAAGGAUUACCAGAAGUCAAUUGAUCUGGACAAGGACUUCAUCUUCUCCCACAUUCAGCUUGGUGUGACACAGUAUAAGAUGGGCUCCAUUGCUUCUUCCAUGGCUACCUUCCGCCGCUGCAUCAAGAACUUUCCCAAGGUCCCAGAUGUAUACAACUACUAUGGUGAGCUGCUGCUCGACCAGGGCAACUUUAGCGAAGCUGUCGAGAAGUUUGACACUGCCGUGGAGAUGGAGAAGCAGACCAAGCCCAUGUCUAUGAAUGUGUUGCCCCUGAUCAACAAGGCGCUUGCUCUGUUCCAGUGGAAGCAGGACUUCAAGGAGGCUGAAAACUUGUGCGAAAAGGCUCUCAUCAUUGACCCCGAGUGCGACAUUGCCGUAGCCACCAUGGCCCAGCUCCUUCUGCAGCAGAACCAGGUCGCCAAGGCCCUCAAGUACUUUGAACGCGCCGCCGAGCUUGCCCGUACCGAAGGUGAGAUCGUCAAUGCCCUUUCUUAUGCCGAAGCCACGAGAACGCAGGUCAAGGUGACGGAAAAGUACCCCCAGCUUGCAGCCAAGCUCGCCGCCUCGGGAGCCGGUGGCGGUCUGCGCAUGGGCGUUUAA